UUGAUCAAAUAAAUGCAGCCUUUCUGAGCAGAGAAGACCUUUGACCCCAAACAUUGGACCGCUAGUGUCCCCUCUCAUCAUGAGCGUCUCCUCUGGAUAUCAUCUGGACGUUUCGGCUGUGUUUUCUCCCAGAGGUGUGGCCCGUGUGUGUCAGCUGACACUGGGCUGCACGAUCGUCUCAUUAGUGAUCCACGGCGCUGGUUACAGCGCCACCUAUGGGACCUUCUGCAUGGCGGUCUGGACGAGCUGCUUCGCCCUCAGUGCGGUGGUGCUGAUGCUGGAGGUGACCCGUCUGCAGACGAGUCUCCCGGUGUCCUGGGAGAACCUGACGGUGACGUUAGCAUCUCUCGCCACACUGCUGCUGCUCACAGCAUCUGUCGCAUAUCCUGCAUUCUUCGUGCGCGCUAACGACUGUCCAUACAACAACUGCGAGGUCAGAAACUUCCGGAUUGCUGUGAGCGUGUGCUCGUGGGUGGCAUGUAUUGCGUAUGGGACAGAGGUGUUCCUGUCACGAGCCAAAGCGGGACGCAGCGGGAGCUACAUGGCGACGACACCUGGCAUCCUGAAGGUGGCGCAGAUCUUCGUAGGAUGCGUUAUUUUCGCGUUGCUCACCGACAGGACAGAUUUCAAAUGGCAUGCAGCGACGCUGUACUGCGCAGCGGUGUUCGGCGUGUGUUUGUCCGGGACCGUCCUGCUGGUGGCGCUGGUGGUGUCCGGGCGGAGCGCAGCGAUACGGAUGCUCCGGAUGCCGUUCGAGCGGCUCGCUGUGAUCUACACGUUCGCCGCGGUGCUGCUGUAUGUGAGCGCUGCGGUGCUUUGGCCCGUCUUCUGCUUCGACAGGAAGUACGGCGCCCCGCUGCGGCCGCAGGGCUGCCCGAGGGGCAAGUGCUCAUGGGAUGUGAAACUCGCCGUCGCUGUGAUGAGCUUCGUAAACCUCGCGCUUUACAUCGCAGACCUGGUCUGUUCCCACAGGAGCCGUCCAGCGGCGCAGCCAUCCCGGGUCUGAGCAUCAUGACACUGACGAUGAAACUGCCGGAUUACUGUAUACAUGAUAACAACAUGGAACAUCAAGUCGUGGUACAACAUUUCUGUGCAACUAAAUAAAAACAACUGCCAGUAAAGUGUGUUGUUAUAAACUCGCAUUUCUGAUAAAAAUGUCCAAAU